AUUGUGAGCUUUCAGCUGGAAUAGUGGCGCAAUCCUCAACUAAAUCAGCAGCAGAGUGGUGGAAACGGACUGAGAUCUGGGUUUAGAAUUAAAGUAGCGCAAACUAGUAAUUAUGUUCGCCUCAGCUGCUGCUGAUGCAUCGGCCAUGCUGCGGGUCGUGGUGGAGUCAGCUAAGGGUCUCCCCAAAAAGAAACUGGGCAGUCCUGACCCAGUUACUUCUGUCAUAUUCAGAGAUGAGAAGAAGAAAACCAAAUCGAUCGACAGUGAGGUGAACCCUGUCUGGAAUGAGGUGCUUGAGUUUGAUCUAAAAGGUGUUCCGCUGGACUCCGGCUCCCAGCUAGACGUCGUUGUGAAAGACUAUGAGACUAUUGGGAAAGAUAAAUUUCUUGGGUCCACUAAAAUUCCUUUAAGAGACCUUGCCUCUGGAAAAGUGAGAUCUCUGCCAUCCAAAAAUGUCCCUCUGGUCAGUGAAAGUGGACAGGGUAUCGGAGCUACAAUAGAUCUGGUGAUUGCCUAUGACGCUCCAGCCAAUGCUGCACCGAACCCUAACGACCCUCAAGAUGGAAAUGCUACAGUGGAUGCUGAAGGUGGAGGAGGUGGGGAUGAGGAUGGAAGUGAGACUGUACCAGACGGGGGCCAGAGUGGCUCAGCAGGAGCCCCUCCCUCUUCUGGCCAGGCUGUCGGUUUCCGCCAGAGGCUGAGCCGGGCACAGAGUCGCCCCAGACUCGUGAAUAAACCUCAGGACUUUCAGAUCCGUGUUCGGGUCAUCGAAGCCCGACAGUUGCCUGGAAACAACAUCAAACCUGUGGUGAAAGUUCAUGUGUGUGGACAGACCCACAGGACUAGGAUCAAGAAGGGAAAUAACCCAUUCUUUGACGAGAUGAUGUUCUACAAUGUUCAUAUGCUGCCAUCAGAUUUGUUUGAACAGAACAUCAGCUUCCGGGUCUAUAAUUCAUAUUCACUAAGGGCAGACAGUCUUAUGGGAGAAUUCAUGGUGGACAUUGGUUAUGUUUAUGAUGAACCAGCCCAUUGUGUGAUGAGAAAGUGGCUUCUGCUGAAUGACCCUGACGACUCCAGCUCUGGCGCUAAAGGCUACCUGAAAGUCAGCCUGUUUGUCGUAGGGACAGGAGACGAGCCUCCGGUGGAGAAGAGGGAGUCUAAUGAUGACCAGGAUGACAUAGAGAGCAAUCUGCUGCUGCCUGCAGGGGUAACUCUACGAUGGGCCACCCUGUCCUUGAAAGUGUUUAGAGCUGAGGACAUUCCCCAGAUGGAUGAUGCAUUUGUCCAGACAUUGAAAGGGAUCUUUGGAGGAGAGGAAAACAAGAAGAACCUGGUUGAUCCUUUUCUAGAGGCUCGGUUUGCUGGCAAAAAGUUGUGCACUCAGAUCAUUGAGAAGAAUGCAAACCCAGAGUGGAACCAAGUUUUGAACCUUCAAGUCAAAUUCCCAUCCAUGUGUGAGCGUGUCAAGCUGACCGUAUUUGACUGGGAUCGUAUGACAGGAAAUGAUGCUGUUGGCACCACAUACCUGAAUCUGACCAAGAUAGCUUCCUCUGGUGGAGAAAUAGAAGAGGAACAUGCAGAAAAUGGGGAAAUGUCAUCGUUUGAAGCUGACUCGGGAAGCGCAGAGGUGGGCUUCCUGCCCGUGUUUGGGCCCUGCUACAUUAACCUGUACGGCAGUCCAAGAGAGUUCACGGGCCUGCCAGACCCCUACGAGGCUCUGAACCUUGGCGAGGGAGAAGGAGUGGCAUACAGGGGCAGGGUACUGGUCGAGCUCUCCACUAAGCUGGAGGGGAAGGCGGACAAAAUGGUUGACAGUAUCCACAGUGAUGACAUCCUUGUGGUGCAGAAGUACCAGAGGAGAAGAAAAUACUGUCUGUGCGCAGUCUUCCACAGCGCCUCCAUGAUUCAGGAACCUGGAGAACCGAUCCAGUUUGAGGUCAGCAUCGGUAACUAUGGCAAUAAGCUGGACACCACCUGCAAACCCCUGGCCUCCACCACUCAGUACAGCUGUGCUGUCUUUGAUGGCAACCAUUACUACUACCUGCCCUGGGUAAACACCAAACCAGUGGUUGUGCUCACGUCCUUCUGGGAGGACAUAAGCCAUCGCCUCGAUUCUGUCAAUAUCAUCCUCUACAUUACGCAACACCUGCAAUCCAACCUGGAUGCAUUUAAAAACGCCAUACUGGCUAAAGUCUCAGAAAACCAACUCGCUGAAGUGUGGAUGAAGUUACUCAAUCAGUUUAUUGAAGACCUGGACAGUUUCCCUACACCUGAGCUAGAAGGCCACUCCAACCUGACAUCUCUGGACAUCCAAAUCAAGAAACUGCGAGAUAGCACUCUAACCUCAAUCAAGGAUGCUGCAAAACGCAUGAGAGAGGAGGCCAGAGAAAUCACAGACACUCUGCCAGACAUCGAGACCUGGGUGGACAAACUCAAUCAGCUGGCUGAGGAGCCCCAGAACAGCAUGCCUGAUGUGAUCAUCUGGAUGCUGCGGGGCGAGAAGAGGGUGGCCUACAGUCGUAUUCCGGCUCACCAGAUCCUCUUUUCCACCUACAGCGAGCAGGCCUGCGGACAGCACUGUGGCAAGACUCGCACCAUCUUUCUAAAGUACCCCAUGGACAAGACCAAAGGCUUGAAGGUGCCAGUUCAGAUAAGGGUCAACAUGUGGCUUGGCCUCUCUGCAUUUGAGAAAAAGUUCAACGCGUACUCCGAAGGAACCUUCAGUGUGUUUGCCGAGCUGUAUGAAAACCAGGCUAAAGUCUUUGGGAACUGGGGGACCACAGGACUGGUGGGCCGCUAUAAAUUCUCUGACGUGACUGGUAAACUGAAGCUGAAGAAAGAGUACUUCAUGCCACCCAGAGGUUGGGAGUGGGAGUCUGACUGGUUCAUUGAUCCAGAAAAAGCCCUGCUAACCGAGGCAGAUGCCGGACACACCGAGUUCAUGGAUGAGGUCUUCCAGAAUGAGACCCGUUUUCCUGGUGGAGAGUGGAAGGCCGCCUCAGAGCCGUUCACGGAUGUGAAUGGGGAGAAAAGCCGUAACCCUAAAGAGUUUGACUGUCCUCCGGGCUGGACAUGGGAGGACAUCUGGUCUGUGGAUAUCAACAGAGCUGUGGAUGAUCAAGGCUGGGAGUAUGGGGUGACCAUCCCUCCAGAUGACAAGCCUCGGUCCUGGGUCCCUGCUGAGAAGAUGUACCACGUCCACCGCAGGAGGAGGCUGGUUCGACCCCGAAAGAGAGCCUCACGUUCCGCAGCAGCAGUGGAGAGAAGAGAUCAAGGUGACCCAGAGGGAUGGGAGUUCUCCUCUCUGAUUGGCUGGAAAUUCCAUCGAAAUGAGCGCUCCUCAGAUUCCUUUCGUCGACGACGCUGGAGGCGAAAGAUGGCGCCCGAAGAUCGCCUUGGAGCAUGUGCCAUCUUUCAGCUGGAGGGCGCAUUAGGUAUUGAUACAGAUGAGAAAGAAAAAGGCUCUAAAGGUGAUGCCACCAAGCUGUUUGGGGCCAACACUCCCACUGUUUCCUGCUCCUUUGAUAGGUCCUAUAUGUACCACCUUCGUGUCUAUGUCUAUCAAGCAAGGAACCUGAUGUCUAUGGAUAAAGACAGUUUCUCUGAUCCGUAUGCGCAUGUCUCCUUCCUUCAUGUCAGCAAGACGACUGAGAAGCUCCAAGCAACCCUGAACCCAACCUGGGACCAAACUCUGAUUUUCAACGAUGUGGAGGUUUAUGGAGAUCCCAACAACAUCAGCGACAAUCCUCCUGACGUGGUGCUGGAAUUCUACGACAGUGACCAAGUGGGGAAAGAUGAGCUGCUCGGCCGCAGCGUUUGCGUCCCGUUGGUGAAGCUGAACUCCGGCAUGGACCAGACGCCCAAACUGCUGUGGCAUCCUGUCAUCCAGAAGGGCAAGAAGUCCGGAGAGGCGCUGGUUGCUGCCGAACUCAUUCUUAAAGACAAGUCAGGUGAGUGGGAUCUUCCCCUGGUUCCCCCAAAAAGAGCGGAGAACCUCUAUAUGGUUCCUCAGGGUAUCCGACCUGUGGUGCAGCUCACCGCUGUGGAGAUUCUUGCAUGGGGUCUGAGGAACAUGAAGACGUACCAGCUCGCCGCUGUGUCUUCUCCCAGUCUGGUGGUGGAGUGUGGGGGCGAAAGGGUGGAGUCUGCCGUGAUCAAAAACAUGAAGAAGAGUCCCAACUUCCCCGGCUCGGUUCUCUUCAUCAAAGUGCUCCUUCCAAAGGAUGAGAUGUAUACUCCUCCCAUUGUGGUGAAGGUGAUCGACCACCGUCCGUUUGGCAGGAAGCCUGUGGUCGGUCAGUGCACCAUCACCUCUCUGGAGGAGUUCAGAUGUGACCCCUAUGUCAUCGUCUCAGAGGGAGCCAGGGCCUCCAAGAUGGCUCUGAUGACUGCACCUCGUAAAGAUGUUUCCAUCACUGUGGAGGAAGGCCGACCACUGUUGGAAGCUCAGUUUGUGUACAGUAUGUCUGCUGCUUUCAACAAACUGGCUUCCCCAACUUCCCAUUUUGCAGAAAAGGAAAAGGAAACGGUUGACUGGUGGAGUAAAUUUUACGCUUCAGUUGGAGACCAGGAGAAAUGUGGCCCUUACAUAAAGAAAGGCUACGACACCCUCACGGUGUAUCAUAGUGAGUUGGAGGAUGUCCCAGAGUUCAAAGGGUUGACCGACUUCUGCAACACGUUCAAACUGCAGCGAGGCAAGAACGAGAACGGGGACGAGGACCCCACCGUGGUCGGAGAGUUCAAGGGUGCGUUCAAGGUGUACCCCCUGUCGGAUGACCCGAGUGUUGCUGCCCCGCCCCGACAGUUCAGGGAGUUGCCGGAAAGCGGGCCUCAGGAGUGCCUGGUCAGGAUUUAUGUGGUUCGGGCAAUUGACCUGCAGCCUAAAGACAACAAUGGCAGGUGCGAUCCAUACAUAAAAAUAUCAGUUGGCAGAAAUACGUUUGACGACAGAGAUAAUUACCUGCCCAACACCAUAAACCCUGUGUUUGGAAGGAUGUUUGAGAUGACGUGUUUCCUGCCUCAAGACAAAGACCUGAAAAUCGGAGUUUAUGACUUCGAUCUCCUGACUCGUGAUGAGAAGGUCGGUGAGACGGUGAUCGACCUGGAGAACCGCUUCCUGUCCCGAUAUAACUCCUACUGCGGCCUUCCUCAGACAUACUGCAUCUCUGGUAUCAACCAGUGGCGGGAUCAGCUGAAACCGUCUGAGAUCCUGGAGAACCUGGCUCGUCUAAAAGGGCUGUCCAAACCCAGGACAGAAGACAAUGGCACAUCUCUUACUUUCAACGGAAAAGAUUACACAUUGGCUGAGUUUGAAAGCAACACAGAAAUUCACCAGCACUUGGGCCCGCCCCGAGAACGACUCUGUCUGCAUGUCCUUAGAACACAGGGACUUGUUCCAGAACAUGUGGAGACCAGGACCCUUUACAGCUCCUUCCAGCCCACUCUCUCUCAGGGAAGGCUUCAGAUGUGGGUGGAUGUCUUCCCAAAAAGCAUCGGACUCCCUGGUCCUCCCUUCGACAUCACACCCCGCAAGCCUAAAAAGUAUUUCCUGCGAGCUGUCAUCUGGAACACCACAGAUGUAACUCUGGAUGAAACCAGCAUCACAGGAGAGAACAUGAGUGACAUCUACGUGAAAGGCUGGAUGCCAGGCAUGGAGGAGGACAAACAGAAGACAGACGUCCACUACAGGUCUCUGGAUGGAGACGGCAACUUUAACUGGCGGUUCGUCUUUGGCUUUGACUACCUGCCAGCUGAGCAGCUCUGCCUCGUGUCCAAGAAGGAACACUUUUGGAGUCUUGACAACACAGAGUUCAGGAUCCCCCCCAAGCUGAUGGUUCAGAUUUGGGACAACGACAAAUUCUCAUUGGACGAUUACUUGGGCGUGCUAGAGCUGGAUUUGCGCAAGCUGGUCCCUCCUGCCAAGACUCCGGAGAAAUGCUCCCUGAACAUGAUGGAUAAUCUGGAAAUCGAAGCACCAGAGAAACUGAAACCUGCCAAGUCUCUCUUUGCUCAACAAUCAGUCCGAGGCUGGUGGCCUUGUUCCAUUGAACAAGAUGGGAAGAAGGUCCUGGGUGGCAAAGUGGAGAUGACGCUGGAGAUUGUGAGUGAAGCAGAGGUAGAUGAGAAACCUGCAGGAAAAGGACGAGACGAACCCAACAUGAACCCAAGGCUGGACCCUCCAAACCGUCCAGAAACCUCUUUCUUUUGGUUCACCAACCCCUGCAAGACCAUGAAGUUCAUUGUGUGGAGAAGGUUCAAAUGGGUGUUCAUUGGUGCUAUCAUCCUCAUCAUCGUAGUCCUCUUCAUCGCCAUCCUGUUGUACUCUUUACCGAACUACAUCUCAAUGAAGAUCGUGAAGCCACUUCAGUAACUCUACAACGGAGUGUCUGCACCACAAAGGAUUACAUUAACUGCGCACAGACUCACUCAAACUGAACACGUGUUGCUGCUUUUUUUUUUAUCAGCUGAUAGUGUUUCAUUGUGGGGAAGGGGUGCUUGCCUAUUUGCACUGUAAACAUAUCUACACAUGACCAAAGUCACAAACAUUUGACUGUAUUGUUGUUAACACUUAGCCAUGCAAAGCCACAGACUGGUGAUAAACAGUUUAACGUGCAACUUAAACACGGGUUCUGAUUCUUUGUCGGCAUUGAGAGGCUGUUCUGUACUGGAUCAAACCUUCCUGUCAGUGUGUCUCUGGGGAUGCCUUUCUGUACACGGUCACUUUUAAGAUGUUUAAGGUGAUGUAUCUGAGAUGCAAUUGUUCUUUCAUUACAACGUGGCUUUCAGAUUUUUGUCAUCGUCAUUGUGCAGAGCCCUUUAUUCAUGUCUGUCCUAUGUUUUUAUAAAGAAUGUUGCUAAUGUUUUACAUUGAACCGAUUAAAGCUAACAGAAGUCUGAAACGUUUAUAGAGGAUCUGUUUUAACUAAUCGGUGCCCAUGGCUCUGAAGCACAUCACUUUCACAUGAAUGUAACACUCAGAGGAAAAACUCAAUAAAAUAAAGUCUUAUAAGGUU